AUGUCUCCCACAUGGCAACGCCUGAUUCGCUUCGAGGCAACGGAUGGUCGUGUGCUACGCGGCGAACCGAUUCUGCCACAAGAAGACUUCGAUCUUGGAACAGUCACUGAAGACACAAAGCUUCAAGCAAAGGUCAUUGUGGGCAGCGACAUAUACGAUGGGAGCGGUGAAAGCAAAGUCAGCGAUGAGGUCGUGCAAGUAAAGCGACUUCUUGGACCAUUGACUGCGGAAGACGUCGAUAUCCUUCGAUGUGUUGGACUGAAUUAUGCAAAGCACAUCAAGGAAGCAGGCCGAACACCGCCGCCUUACCCGUUCAUCUUCUUCAAGCCAAACACAUGCAUAACAGACCACGACGUGGACGUGGUCAUCCCAAAGAUCGCGCAAGACGACCAGGCCGACUACGAAGGCGAACUCUGCAUAGUCAUCGGCGAAGACGCCAAAGACGUACCUGUCGAACGAGCACUCGACUACGUCGCAGCGUAUACCUGUGGAAACGACAUAUCCUCGAGGAAGCUACAACGAGAUCCGAAACUCGCAGGCAACGUACCACAGUGGGGAUUUUCGAAAGGCUUCGAUACAUACGCUCCGUUGGGUCCAUGCCUGAUAAAUGCUUCGCUGAUCAAAGACCCGAAGAAGCUUUUGCUCAAGACGAUUGUUGAUGGCGAGACGAGGCAGGAAGAAUACGUGGAGGAUUUGUUGUUUGACUGUGCAUAUCUUAUCUCUUAUUUGAGUUCGGGGACCACGUUGAGGAAGGGUUCUGUCAUUAUGACUGGGACUCCUGGAGGAGUUGGGGCAGGUCUCAAACCACCACGUUAUCUUGUCCCUGGCACUGAGAUGAAAGUGUCUAUCAGCCAAGUUGGGACGCUUACAAAUGGUGUUCGAUUUGCAUAG